AUGCCGCCCGAGAAUUCCCACGCCCACCACCUCAAUAAGAUCGGCGAAUGGCUGCCAGCAGAUCACAUUGCUCACCAACAAUGGCUAGGUGGAAUUAUCAAACAUGUUGACAGCAAGGAGUAUGCAUUACAUCCGGUUCUACAACAGUUCAAACAUCUGAUUGAAACCAACACCCGAGUCUACAUGCUCAUCGAAGGUAUGCUCAAGGAAGUUCCAUACAAGAAGCCUUAUCUACAGGAUCCGACCGGGCAUCCCGAGAUUCGCGAUUACUAUCAUCUCCUUCGUGUUCUCAGUCACCUUUUGACCACCGCUCCAUCGUGGACCGACAAGACUCACCGCGUCGGCCUGGUCGGUCUGCCCAUCAGCGUGGUCUUGGAUUGGCCUAUGGGUACACCCAGUGGCUAUGCUGCGUUUUUGGACCCUGAAAUCAAUGCCAUGUUGAAGAAGGUUCUCAAUGCAUGGGGUGAUUUCUUGCGUUCACCCGCGUCUGCCAAUGUUUUGAACAGUACUUCCCAAGGCUGGUUCGGCGAGACUGGCCACCGCGACCUCACAGCAGUUGCGAAGAUUGGCCCAACGGCUGCCGAGAACCUCGAGUUUCACCAGAUGUUCCAAUGUGACCCAUCCGCACCAAACUUCGGCUUCAAGUCCUGGGACCACUUCUUCACUCGCUUGUGGCAUGAUGGAAUGCGCCCGAUCGCAGAUCCGGAGGAUAGUCGCGUCAUUGUCAAUGCAUGCGAGUCGAAGCCAUACAGAAUUUCACACAACGUUCACGGCCGUGAUAAAUUCUGGAUCAAGUCCCAGCCUUAUUCUGUGCUUGACAUGCUAGGCCAUGACUCGCUCGCCUCCCAUGCAUUGAGCUACCACCGCUGGCAUGCACCUGUUUCUGGAAAGGUAAUCAAAGCCUACGUUGUGGAAGGGACAUACUACUCCGAGCCACUAUUCGAAGGUGUUGGAAACCCAUACGCUCACGCUCAGCAUAUUGAUAUUGAGGGCGAAGUUAUCUCACAGGCGUACAUUACUGCAACUGCCACGCGAGCACUGGUCUUCAUUGAGGCAGACGAACCUGCCAUUGGCCUAAUGGCGUUUAUUGGCGUCGGUAUGGUUGAGGUUUCUACCUGCGAUAUCACUAUCAAGAAAGGUGACCACGUCAAGAAGGGCGAUGAGAUUGGAAUGUUCCAUUUUGGUGGAUCGACACAUUGCCUUCUUUUUCGGGAGGGAGUCAGUGUUGCCGGCUUCCCUGAACCUGGGAUGGAAGAGAACUUGCCUGUUUGCAGUCGGCUAGCUACGGUCGCAUGA